AAAGGAACACAAAUGUUAUUUUCCCAACUCUUUUAACUGUAUAUUUUAUCUGAACAUAGGAACAAGUCUUGAACUAGUGUAGCUGUUCAAAGCCUUGCAAAAAGUCAGUUGAACUGACCGUGUUAGUUUAUAUUCUUGUUAUCUGGAUUUUAUUGCUUUACCUGGGAUCAUUAAUUUUCCUUCAUAGCUUUGAAUAGUUUUGAAGUUCUUGAUGUGACUGUGUUCAGUCAGCAAGAAGCUCUGACUCUGUCCCUGCUUGUUUUUGCCAGGCCCACCUCUUUAAGUGACUACGAUGUCAAAAAAACCCCAGAUGAGACAAAAACCUAAAUGUACAGAAAGUAUUUAUAACAUCCUUUUGUUUAAACACUGGACAAAUAUUAGCAAAGCUCCCUCUGAAAUGCCAGAGUUAGAGGAAGUCCAUUCAAACUCCUCAGGAUUACAGAGUGCUCAGACAGGGCUGGAGUCAGUACCAGGAACUUCUUGGCUCCUGUACUCAAAUUUAGGCUUUUGUAAUGCAGUUUUUAUUUCUGGGGGUGGGACACUAACAUCAUUGUCUAAUGAGCUCUGCCAAACAAAACAGAAGGCAUGCUUGCUGGUUCAGGAGUAAACCUCUGUCCUAGUCAGCUCAUUUCAUGAGUGUCUGUUUGCAGGACUGAGGCUUAAGGAGAAAACAAAAAGCAGGGAAUGUAGGAGAGUGUUAUCAAUCAGUAUCAUAUGUGAUACAAAGCAAGCAGCUUGCCUCAUUACUUACCAGAAUCAAUGGCUGCACUUGUGGGUGCCACUGAUUAUUUUUGGGCUCCAUCCAUCCGCAUUUCAGCUCUUGGUGUCUAGGUAGUAGAGAAGAGGGAUGCUGGAAGUUGUGUUUGUUUUGUUGUCUAAAUACAUCGCUAUGGACGGAUGGUUUAGUGUACAGAAGAUUUCCCCAUAAAAUGGAAGAACAGAUAUGCAGCUUGGUUUCGCUUGGAAAUGACCUGAUGUGAGACUGGACUGGGAAAUGGAAAAUGGUUGCCUGGGGAAAACAGCACUGCUCUGUUGGCAGAAUACAGGACAUUUUCUUGAGAUUCAGGAUUGUUCAAGCAGUUCUUUUACUUCAGUUGUUCUUGGCUACAGCAAGCAAAGAUCAGGAGGAUUUCCUAGGGCGAUACAAAGCCGUCUUUAAGACUGCGUGUGAAGAUCCUUGGAGUAUGUCAUCAAGAAUUUCUCUGCGUCCCUUGAGAGAAUUUCUUGUCUGUGUGCACCUCAAGCUGUAUUCUUCAAACAGUCCAUGGACAGCAUAUGUAUACGCUGAAAAAACUCUUCACACCAAUCUCUCUGCAAAUACGUAUGAUCUUGGACUUACAGGAGAUCAUAAUAAAUUGAAGAUAUGGUUGUUCAGAAAACAAAUAAACAAAACACUAAGACUUCAUAAAAACACUUGGAACCAAAUAUGUAUCCAGUGGAAAAGUGACAAUGAGGAGGUGAAGGUAUUCAUAAAUGGAACAGAAAUAUUACACAAGAAACUAAAUGGGAAAGUUUCUUUGCCUGGAAAAGGCCAGUUCUUACUUGGCUGUUCAAAGCUGCAAGGUACGGCUGCAGCACCUCGCCAGGGUAUGACUGGGGAGCUGUACCUGUUCAGAAUGUGGGACAAGGCAAAUAUAACACAAUCUAAGGACUGCCAGGAUAGUGGUGUUAUACGCUGGAGAAAGGAGGAUUGGACCUAUAACACGACAGUAGAAGAGGAUAACUCUUUGGAAUGUGUUGAAACUACUGCUACGCUGCCUAGCAGAAAAAUAACAGAUUCUGAAGAAUCAGCUGCCACAACAGUUUUUGAUAUGUCUUCAGAGGAGACUACACAAAGUACAGAAACCCUUGCAACAACAGAUUAUUACUCCGCCAUCACACCAGCAGGAGAAACCAUUGUAUGCAACAUAACGCGUGCCUGUAAUUAUUCAGUGUUCUAUGUGGGCAAGGUAAAACUUCAGGCAAGUGAAGAAAGUAAUGCAUCACUAAAUGUAGAAAUAAUUAAUAACAUAACCACCCACAGUCAAGUCAAAAAAUUAAUUGAAAUUCCAGCACAUACCCCACAAGAACUGAGCAUUUCAGAGUUCAACAAAACCUUGCAAGCAGUAAGUGAGUCCUCUGUUAUGGAAUGCAGUGCAGAAAACCAGAGUACACACUGCAAUUUCAUAAUGAAGCUGGCUGAGAGAGAGAAUAUAAGCAGUUUAACACAAAAAGCAAAAAUAAGUCAGCUUGAUCAGUGCUGCUGUUCAUCACUGAAGUACUGUUCCUUGGCUGCUGAAGAAUUACGAAUGUAUACUAUACAAGUGCCACCUCAUUUUAUAUGGGUUCCUUCCCCUCAUUCUCCUUCUCUCCCUAAAAAGACUUUCCUCAAAUCUAAUUCUUUUAUUUCCCCCACUAUACUUUCUUCUAAACAAAGCCCCACAAUUAGACCACUGAUCCCACCAUUCACAGAAAUUUAUUUUUCUGGAACUCUUUCCACAUCUCCCCUUACAAACCCUCUCUCUGAAAACUCUAUGCCUUCCACCAGUGUUACCACUACACACUCCUCUUCCGAGUCUCUUGCUCAGCCUACCAUGCCAACUUUUUCUUCUGUAACUUCCAAUGAAUCCAUCACUGUUCCCAUACCUGCAACAAAAUCAGUCACUAAUGAUGCUUUCUCGAUUAAAUCUGAUGCUGCACACCUUAAGAAGACUGUUACAAUACUUUCUCCUUCUGACGCUUACACUAAACAUUCUUCACUUUCUUCUUCUGAGCCUCACAAACUGCCAAUUGUAAAUCACCCCUUUGAGGCUAUCACCGAUUCUGUUGCACAGAUUCCCCCUGCUUCAAGCCAACCUGUAUCUGGUCACAGAAAUGUUAGUACAGUACCUAUUGUUCCCCUUACUCCUUUCACAAUAUCUUUGACCCCUACUGCUAGUCCUGUCAACCAUUCUGUCUCAGCUUCUCGUCCUCAUUCUACUGCUGAUGGCCAUGGGACCCCAGGAAAAACCCUUUCAGCUACCACAAAUAUAACUUCUGUACACACCACCAUUAGUAUUGCCACAGCUGAGCAGAUUGUGUCCAAAAUAGAAAAUGAUUUAGCAGCUGGAAAAAUAGAGCCAAAAGAUGUAGAAAGGAUGGUUAGUGAGGUGAGCACGAUCCUCACUGCUUCUCAGCCAUUACCACCACGAAUUUCUAACAGAAUUAUAAAGCUGGUGGACUAUAUUGGCUUAAAACUAAACUUAUCAACAUCAUCUGCUGAAUUUGUCUCCCCUUCCUUGGCUCUGGCAGUUGUAAAAACCAACAGAAUCCGCUCCAACCAAAUGUCUUUUGCUGUCCAGGACUCAGCUGAUCUCCAGAUCUCUCUAGGAGUUCAGCCAAUUCAGAAUUUAAAUAAUCUUGGAUCAAUUAUACUUCCUUCAUCAUUGCUGAAAAAUUUACGCACUGAAGAGUUGGACUUGGCUUCUAGAAUUAUAUUCAACUUCUUUAAAAAGACCACUGUGUUCCAGGAUCUGUCGUUGAAGAAUGCAUCUUUAAUCAGCAGUGUUAUAUCAUCAAGUGUUGCUAACCUUACAAUUAGUAACUUAACAGCAAAUGUUACUGUCAUUUUGCAGAAUAUCAAGCCUAAUCAGGAUAAUUCAACAGUUAGAUGUGUUUUUUGGGACUUCAAUAAAAAUGGUGGACAUGGAGGCUGGUCACACCAAGGUUGCGUAGUCCAAGAAAGUAGAGUAAAUGAAACAGUCUGUUCAUGCAACCAUCUCACAAGUUUUGCAGUUUUGAUGGACUUGUAUGGAAAUACUCCUCUGAAUCCCACACAAGAAUUGGUACUGACUUUUAUAUCGUAUAUAGGCUGUGGCCUCUCUGCAAUUUUUCUUUCUGUUACUCUUGUGACCUACAUAGCCUUUGAGAAAAUCCGGAGAGACUACCCCUCCAAAAUACUUAUUCAGCUGUGUGCUGCGUUACUUCUACUCAACUUAGUUUUUCUCCUUGACUCAUGGAUUGCACUGUAUGAUACACGAGGCCUUUGCAUUGCAGUUGCAGUAUUUCUUCACUAUUUCCUCUUGGUUUCCUUUACCUGGAUGGGCCUGGAAGCUUUCCACAUGUAUCUGGCCCUUGUGAAGGUCUUUAACACCUAUGUACGGAAAUACAUUCUUAAAUUUUGUGUUGUUGGUUGGGGAUUACCAGCAAUAGUUGUGUCCAUUGUGUUGGCAGUAUCACCGGAUAAUUAUGGACUUAUAACCACUGGAAAGGUUUCCAUAAAUGGACCUGAUGAAUUCUGCUGGAUCAAAAAUAGAAUUGUCUUCUAUAUUACUGCUGUGGGAUACUUCUGCCUGGUAUUCCUGAUCAAUAUCAGCAUGUUCAUUGUUGUGCUGAUCCAGCUCUGUCGUAUCAAAAAGAAGAAACAACUCGGUGCUCAAAGGAAAACCAGUAUCCAAGACCUUAGGAGUGUUGCUGGCCUCACAUUCUUGUUGGGAAUUACUUGGGGGUUUGCUUUCUUCACAGCAAAUGAGGUGUUUACUUACCUCUUUACCAUUUUCAACACUUUGCAAGGGUUCUUCAUUUUCGUCUUCUAUUGUGUAACAAAGGAGAAUGUCCGUAAACAGUGGAGAAGAUAUCUUUGUUGUGGGAAAUUCAGGCUGGCUGAAAACUCUGACUGGAGUAGAACUGCUACAAAUGGUUUAAAGAAGCAGACUGUAAAUCAAGGAGUAUCCAGUUCUUCCAACUCCUUACAAUCAAACAGUAACUCCACUAACUCUACAACACUGCUAAUGAGUAAUGAUUAUUCAGUCCAUGCAAAUGGAAAUGGCCAUCUUUCCAGUGAGAAGAAUGGUAUUUGUUUCAGUGUGCAGAAUGGUGAUGUGUGUCUCCAUGACUUUCCAGGCAAACAAAUUGUAUUCCAAGACAAGGAUGAUACUGGCAGCCAAGAAAGCCAAAUCUCACUCAGAAGGACUUCAAAGAGAGGAAGCCUAAGUUCUAUGGAGAAAAUGUGAUUUCCUUUUAAACAGCACAUUGUUUUACAGUGUGAAGUAGAGUUUUACUUUAGCAGUUUUACAUAAUGUGAGCAGACCAAGAACUGGUUUUAUUUAAUAUAUGGUACUGGAACUUCAAGGCAGCCAUGCAAUGGAUUGACAAGGACAAUUAUUAAAAAAAAAAAGAAAAAGAAAAGGAACCUACUAUUUUGACAAGGUCUUGGAUGUCAGAUUAUAGCCGGCACACUUCCAUUUUGUUUCUUCCUCAGAGUGGGGUUUUUUGAGGGUCUUUUUUAACAUUUAAACAAAAGUUUUAUUUAGACUUUUCUCAUUACAAUUAAGUUUAUGUGGAUAUAAUGCUUAGUAGUACUGUAUAAAUGUAGAAAGUUACAACUUGUGCAUACGAACGAUGUUAACUUUAAAAAUGUUAGCUACACUGUCUUCAACUUUUUGUACGUUUUAGUAGCAAACUCUGCAGUGAUGUAUAUAAGCAGAAAAUAUCAACCUUUAAGCAUCUCAAUGAUACUUUUAUAUUUAUUUCUUGUAAUAUAAAUUUAAAAUAUACCUAUGUAUAGAAAAAUAAUUGGUAUUUUGUUUGUAACUUUUAUUGUGAGUUUGCAUUUUUCUUUAGUUAAUUAUCUUUAACACAGAAUGCUACAAAACUUAAUUUGUCCAGUAAGUGGAUCACUUACACUGGUUUGAAUAUAUUCACUAGAUGCAGAACUGUAAAUAACAAACACAAUCGGUCUUGAAACCUUUAGCUACAUUUUAGUACACCGCAGAGGGAUAGAAAUUGGGUAUAAUUCAAGCAGAAUGCCAUGAAUGGAGUAUUAAAUAAAGUAGCCAGUAGGUUAUUAAGUAAAACUAAGUUGUGUUGGUGGCUUGAGCGAAGUCAUCAGUUUUUGCCAUUGAUUUCACCAGGGUCAGUAUUUAUAUGGAGUGGUGAGACACUGCCAUUUUUCAUUUGCAAUGAUGGAAGUAGAGAAGUUUGGGGGUGGGGGGGGAGGCAAGUUGAGCAAAAAAUAGAAAUAAUAGAUGACAGCUGCUACAUUUAGUAGCUGAGAAAUUGUUUCAUUGCAUGGCUGUUUUUUAAGGGGCAGCUCUUGAGCUAAUCUAAUGAGUAUUUCUGCUUAAACUUUGGCUUGUGGUUGGCAAACCAAAUACUGAGGCGCUAGCUCAGGAUUUGCUGAAGCAAAAUUUCAUUCCUCUUGUGAUACUUACUGGGGAAAAAAGAAUUUUGGCUCGUCAUGUAAAACAGCUGAAAGUCCAUACAACAUUGUAAAGAUUCCUCCUGAACAAAAAUUGGCCUAAGCCCUGGUCUUACCUCUUCUUCCUCACACACAUGUGCAGCUAUGGCCACUGCUUUUUCAAUUUGCAUUCUUGGGCAAAAGUUGGAUGCUCCCAAAGCAAACUAGGACAAACUGGUGCCACACUGCAGAGUACCAGGCCCUGUAAAGAGGGCUGCAUGAAGCAGGUGCCUGCUGAUGGGGAGCAAGGGCUUUGCUUUCCUGGUGGGGAGGACUCAGUUGGGCGCUCUGAAAAUACACUUCUCAACAAAAAGCAUGAGUUACGUGCCUCUUAUCUGGGGCUCUGUUGGAAUUAGCAAUUGAACCUCUUCAGUGCUCAAACCCCAUUGUGGUUCUGUGGGCAGCACAUCGGUUCUUUCAGUCACUUACAUCCAAAAUUACUCUGACUAUGCUUUUAAGGUGAGAAUUUAAAGUAUUUGUUGUGUUUAUCCACAGGGUUUUAUCUGCAUAUUGGUAAAAGCCCGUCCUGGAAUGCUAGUAGCUGGAAUACGUUUCUGUGAAUGCUUUAACUAUUUGGCUAAUUGCCUUUGCAGUGUUUCUUGUAAAUUUAUUUAAUGUUCUUAUAUUUAUAUUUUCAACUGUAAAAAAAGUAAUAAAUUUGCAGCAACUACAACACAAAAUACAUAAACUUUGUCUUUUAG